AUGUCUUCUUCUUCUUCUCUUCCUUCAAACGUUCACGUCUCUUCCCACCCUGUUCUCCACGCUAAAAUUUCAGCGCUUAGACAGGCUGGCUCUGCUAAGGAUACCCGCACACUUGUGAGCGAGAUUUCAUCGCUGCUGGCAGCUUGGGUCUCUGGUGACGCCUUUUCUGUUCAACCAGGUCCUUCUGCAGUAUCAGCAACUGGUACCACUUAUACCACCGCUGUGGCAUCUCCAUCGUCAUAUGUUUUAAUUCCUAUUUUGCGCUCAGGUUUGGGCAUGGUUGAUUCCUUUUUAUCUCUCUUACCUUCUUCGGAAACCCCAGUGUACCAUCUGGGUCUGUUUCGCGAAAAAAUCUCUCUGAGCCCUGUUGAAUACUACAACAAACUUCCUAAGCAGCCUUUUGACACUGCUUUUGUCCUGGACCCUCUGAUUGCCACUGGUGGUACUGCAGAGGCCGUCGUGGCCACUCUCAAGGAAUGGGGUGUCAAGAAGAUUUAUCUUGUCUCUGUCAUUGCAUCCAGUGCAGGCAUUUCGCGUUUGUUUGAGGAAUUGUCACCCAAGGACUUUGAAGAUGGCCUGCUGGAAUUGUAUGUUGGUGCUGUUGAUGAUGAGCUGUCGGCAACAGGCUACAUUUUGCCUGGUGUUGGCGACCUUGGUGACCGCCAAAACAACACGAGCCACGACUGA